AUGACCGGCAGCUCGACCUUGACGUUCGCCCAGCUCUUGGAAUCGGCGGGUCUCUUGCCUUAUCAGCCUCAGCUGCUGGAUGAGGGGUUUGAUGAUGUGGAUUCUCUGUGCAACAUGACGGAAGGCGACAUGGUCAAGUUUGGCAUUACUUCUGAGAAGCGAAUCAUCUUGGAGAGGCUCUUUGCUCAGGUGCGCUCCGCCAGAGCGGCGACUGCACCAGAGGUGCUAGAGUCCAGGCCGGCCAACGCCGAUGCGAUGGGCUUGGCUCUCGACAUAACAGCACCGCAGGAAACGCUGGCGGGGCAAUCCAUCGCCAGCCAAGUUGAGAUCCACGGCUCGCGAGAGCCAGCAGGCUCGCUGCUUGGCUCGGAAAUGCUGGUGCCCGCCUCGGCGUGGACAAGCCUCACGGCAGAUGUUGGCUUCGUCCAGCGUCUCCUGGCCUUGUACUUUUGCUGGGAAUAUCCCAUCUUCGCCUCCCUAAGCAGGGAGCACUUCGUCAAAGACUUUUCCGAAGGCCGAAGUCGGUACUGUUCUCCGAUUCUCGUCCAUGCCCUGCUCGCCCUCGGCUAUUGCUUCUCUAGCCGGCAAGUCAUGGCGAGCACAGUUCAAGAUGCUCAACCAUCAGGAGACCAGUUCUUCAAGGAAGCGCUGAGGCUACUUCUGGACGACCAGGACCAACACUUGUUGACGACGGUCCAAGCACUGGGUAUAAUGUCGGUCCGCGAAUCAAGCUGUGGCAGAGACUCGGAGAGUCGCCACUAUUCCGGGCAGAGCCUACGAUUGGCUGUUGAAAUGGGCUUGCACCGCACCUGCAAGGACGGGGAUGACGACGAAUCCAUCGUCCAAGCUGCUACUUUCUGGGGCGCCUUCGCACUGAAUAAUGCUUGGGCCCUCCUGUCGCGCUCUCUGCCCAGUUGUUCAUCAGGUAUUACUACGCGUUUACCAUUGAAGCCCCCAGCCUCACCCGACAUUGAAGCGAGCGUAUGGGUCUAUUUUACUGACGAAGGUGUUGCUCUCGACGGGCUGCGCGAGCAGACGUCGCAUGUUCGCUCAGUCUUCAAGUGUUUCUGCGAGCUCAGCGAACUGAUCCACGACGCCCUUUACGUCCUCUUCUCUCCUGUCAAGGCGCCGCCGAGGGGAGACGUGCUCAAGAUAUAUACCAAAUAUCUAAACUGGUAUGACUUGGUCCCCGACUUGCUCCGACUGGGUCACAACAGCACGCCACCGGUUCUUUUCACGCACAUCUACUACCAUUUCGCCAUCUUGCAGCUUUUCCAGCCCUUUGUAAACUACUGCAUUCCUGGAUCAAACACUUACCCUCGCGAAGUUUGUUUCCAGGCUACAAACGCAAUCUCGGCCAUACUGCGAUCCUACUCGCAGCUAUACACGUUCCGGCGUAUCCCAAGCUUUAUGCCACACAUAAUCCUCACAUCGUCCAUAAUGCACUUCUCCCUACACAACAGCCUAUCCCGUGGCCAAUCUUACCCUCAUUUACAGCCCUCAUCCUUUCUACUCUAUCAACUCACCAACCUCAUUAAUCAACACAUUAUCGACCUGGCUGACAUGGCUCCAUGCCACCACUCCGCCAAGCGGACACUAUACGUUACAGGCAUCUUGGCCAAGAAAGAUAACAGCUGGCAGUUCUUCUUGAACGAGCACCUCCCGACCAUUGAUCCGGGCAAUGUCGAGUGA